UCCCUCCUCCCCCGGUUGCGCCCGAGGCGCUAUGGCCAUGGUGACCGGGGGCUGGGGAGACCCGAACGGAGACGCCAACGGGGUGGAGAAGGGCUACCCCCGCAAUUCCGAGGACGACUCGGCCUCCCCCCAAGGCGGCACCAGCGACCAGGAGCCCGGCGACGACGACAAGGCCGGCCUCCAGGUGGACUGCGUGGUGUGCGGCGACAAGUCCAGCGGGAAGCAUUACGGCGUCUUCACCUGCGAGGGCUGCAAGAGCUUCUUCAAGAGGAGCAUCCGGAGGAAUCUCAGCUACACUUGCAGGUCAAACCGAGACUGCCAAAUUGACCAGCACCACCGCAACCAAUGCCAAUAUUGCCGCCUGAAGAAGUGUUUCCGUGUCGGCAUGAGGAAAGAAGCUGUCCAAAGAGGCCGGAUCCCUCCCACCCACUCCAGCGCCAGCCCCAACACCAUGCCCAGCGGGGAAUACUACAACGGGCAGCCCGUGUCAGAACUGAUCUCUCAGCUGCUGCGGGCCGAGCCAUACCCCACGGCCCGCUUCAGCUCGCAGUACGCCCAGCAAGGCAGCGUGAUGGGCAUCGAUAACAUUUGCGAGCUGGCGGCUCGGCUUCUUUUCAGCACGGUGGAGUGGGCCCGCAACAUCCCCUUCUUCCCGGACCUGCCCGUCUCGGACCAAGUGGCCUUGCUGCGCCUGAGCUGGAGCGAGCUUUUCGUCCUGAACGCGGCCCAGUCGGCGCUGCCCCUCCACAUGGCCCCGCUGUUGGCGGCAGCUGGCUUCCACGCCUCCCCCAUGUCCGCAGACAGAGUGGUGUCCUUCAUGGACCAGAUCCGCAUCUUUCAGGACCAGGUGGAGAAGCUCAACCGGCUGCAGGUGGACUCGGCCGAAUACAGCUGCCUCAAAGCCAUAGCGCUCUUCACGCCAGACGCCUGCGGCCUCUCGGACCCAGCCCAUGUGGAAAGCCUGCAGGAGAAAGCCCAGGUGGCCCUGACGGAGUACGUCCGCUCUCAGUACCCCUCGCAGCCCCAGCGCUUUGGUAGACUCUUGUUGCGCCUCCCGGCUCUCCGGGCUGUCCCCGCUUCCCUCAUCUCUCAGCUCUUCUUUAUGAGACUGGUUGGCAAGACGCCCAUCGAAACGCUAAUCAGAGACAUGCUCCUCUCUGGGAGCACCUUCAACUGGCCUUACGGGACGGGGCAGUGAGGACAAGCUGGGGUGCGCACCCGUCCCCCGAUGCCACCCCACGUUUGCUGCCACUGCUGCCAUGCCGACAGUCUGGAUGUUUGCCGCCACCUCUCCUUCAUGGAUUUUAGUCAUCAGACAUGCCACGUUGGUAGGCAUGAUACUUCCUGGGAUGUGGAUUCCCCUCUCGGUGGCAACGAGGGAAGUCCCGCCUCUCGGGUGUCGAGAGAGACCAAGGUGGGCUAGAUUUUGGUUUGGUGGUUCUCUUCUUCCACAAAAAAAGAGGGGGAAAGAACCCUAAUAUUCUUUUUUCUUUUUUGGUUUUGAUUCCUUUCUGUACGAUGUUUCAAAUGACUAGUCAUGGGCUUCCCUGUCUUGAUUUUUUAUUUUCUUUAUGUCCUCUAUGCAUGUUUUAAAGAGCUGAGGGCUGGUUGUCCCAGGUUGGAAUGCCACCAGAUUUCAGUUCAGAAAUAUCUGUGUUCCUGUUUGCCCCCAUCUCCCUCCUCCUCUUUUCUAGAACAAGGUCUGUGUGAGAUAUCUUCUCCGCCUUGAGCCAAACACCCACUUGUUCUCAGUUACACCUGGUAGAGUACUUUUGUUUUGGGAAUAAGCUAGAAAUCAGGAUGCAUUCUCGUAGACUCUUGGAAGAGUUGAAUUUUGUCCCUUGGGGGCAGCGGUUGUCAUUUGCAGAUAGAUUGCUUCUGAACCUGGAGGUUCCACUGAGCUACUGUGUAUUUAAAGUUUGAUUUAAAAUUUUGAACUUCUC